UUAGUAACCAUUGUGCAGUAAACGAAUCAACUAUUUUGGCUCAAAUUGUACAGGUUUCGGGCGUUUUUUUUUUUUGUUUUUAGGAAGUUUUGGUCAAACAAAAAUGGAGGAUUGUUGCCUACAGCAUAAAGCUACCGGUUACGAGCUGUUUCCCCAAGAGCUGCCGGAACUGGACACGGUUCCCUCGCUCGAGGCGGAGCUGCGCAAAGGAGCGAAGGAACGAUUGGCCAACAACAAAUUGCAGGCACAGCAACGAAGAUCCGAAAAGCAGACAUCGGUGCCAACGGUCUACAAAUUGGUUCAUCCGAGCCCGCAAAAGUAUAAAAAGUGUCAACACAGUGGAAAUUUCAUCCUGGAUCGAGAGGUCCUGAAGCCGGUGGAGCAUAUCGAUUUCAUAGCACUGCCUAAGGAAGUGGUACAUCAUAAACGGCCCCAUUACAUCGAGCACAAACUUUCCUCGGCCACGAACCGCAUCAAAACGUUAGCGCGCCCCGGCACGUCACGCGUUCGAAACACGCUCGAGCAAUACUCGACAACACUUUCACCGAAACAAAAGCAACACCUGACGAGCCUGCUGGAACCGAAACCGUUCGUCAGCAUACAGGAGUCGAUCGGGUACGCUAGGCAGCAACGGUCGGACGAUGCCAUGUGGCGCCGGCAUCGGGCCAAACAGGAGCGCAAGCUACUGCACAAGGUCCACUGUUGGGAGAUUAAGCUGCUCAGGCAAACGAUGCACAAGCUGUCCAAGUGUCUCGCCAGCUACUACCUGUACACGACCAUGGAGCCCCUGGGACAGGAAGCGGCAAACAUUUCGCGGGUAGUAUUGCGCCGUAUAAGCCGAUUGCUGGAGGUGAAGAUUAGACCAGGCAAAACGGAACAAGAAAAUGACGUUAUCGACGAUUUUUACGUUGAAUUUGCCGACAAGGUGGGAGAGUGGGUGUGGCGCAUGAUGCAGCAGACCGGUAUAACGUUCGACAAGCAAAAGUCCUUCUCGUACGUAAGACAAUCGGAAUCGUUCGUUUCCGUCAACUCGAGUGUGUUUGAGCUGCCCCGGGUGGGAGGCGAAAUGAGGGACGGUGAGGAGCUGGAACCGUUGAGCAUUAUCUCGCUGGAGCUAGUGUACGACUGUGUGGAGGAGGCAGUGCUUACGGUGGAGCGGGAGAGUGUAUGCGUAGAGGUUGAGGAUGGAAACGUCGGAGAAGAAGCAUUGCAAGAAGGUGAAGCAUCACGAAGCAAAGAAUCGCUGGCUAAAGCAGAUUCUAGUGACAAGAUUGAUACACGCGCCUCAAUGAAUGAGAGUGCACAGGAUGGAGAUGAAACGGAGAACGAUAUGGAAGAGCAAGUGACGGUAAUUGAGAAUAUUCUAGCCGAUGAAGCGGACGAAGAUCAAUCGGAAGAGAAACAGGUGGACGAAGAAGUCCCAAAGCCAACGUAGCGCUUUGCUUAAAAGAAACCAAACUUACUCUUAAU